AUGGCAUUACCAUGGCAUAUUCCUCUAGAAGCUGCACCUAUUUUCAAACCUAAGGGUACGCUACCCGAAACAUCGUUAUUACAACAUUACUGUAAAAUGAAACUGCAUGAAAACCCAUGUGAAGAAUUACAGACAGGGUUAAUGUGUGAUAUUGGUAUUAGCAACCGCGAACCAGCAACCAUACAAAGACUCAUAGCUUCUGGUAUGACAGUCGCUCGAUUAAAUAUGCGAGAUUUAGAGCCUGAUGCUUGUGCUCAGCUUAUUCAAAGUAUUCGACAAGCGGUGUACAAUUAUAGCGCUGAAUUAGAAUAUAUUUAUCCCUUAGCGCUGAUUGUUGAUGUAAGAGGUCCUGACAUAGUUACAGGUGAUUUAAAAGGUGGACCCCAUGCUGCAGUAGAACUUAUUCAAUACGGAACAAUAAGACUUACUACUGAUACGAGUUGGCGAGAAAGUGGUACUGCUGAUUGUUUGUAUGUAGGUUACGAUCAUCUUACAGAACUACAACCAAAUGACAUAGUUUACGUAGAUAGUCUUACCCCUGGAAAAAUAAAACUCACAGUUUUAGAGAUUGGAGAUGAUUCAAUCGAGUGUUCUAUUGCUAUUGGUGGUACUAUAGGCCCUAAAAUGACUGUUCGUAUUUCUCAAGUGCCUCGUGAGGCAGAAACACGAGGUAAACAAGACGACAGCAUACAAUCGAUUUCAUGCAGUGACAGCUCUCAACAAUCCUUUGAACAUAUGGAACAACAAAUAGCUUGGGCAGUUGCAUCGGAUGUAGAUGGAGUUUUAGUCCCCAACACUCAAAGCGCAUACGAUAUUAGACAAAUAAGAAGCAUCUUAUCAGAAAAAGGUAAACACAUAUUAGUGUUUGCUUGUAUUGAUUCAGUAUUAGGGUUCGAUAAUAUUGGAGAAAUUUUAACUGAAGCUGAUGGAAUAUAUAUAGAUCGAGCAGUUUUGAGUAUGGAUUUACCGGUAGAAAAAAUAUUUAUUGCACAGAAAAUUGUUCUGGCUAAAUGUAAUGAAAUGGGAAAACCUUGUUUAAUCAAAGCUGUGAUAAAUGAACAGAUACCAACGUUAUGUGUAACAGAUAUUGCUAAUUUAGUGCUUGACGGGGCUGAUGUUCUGUGUUUGGAACUACACUAUGACUCCCCUUUAAAAAAAUUGGCACCUACUUAUGACGCAAUUCGCAUGGCUGAACACUGCAUAGCUGCUGCUGCAGUUAUUUGUCGACAUGCAGAAAGAAUUAUUUGGCAACCACGAAUCUACGGAAAUGUAGAACUAAUGCAAACGCCACUUCAAGAGCCUACUAAAGCUGUAUGUGUUGGUGCGGUAGAACUAGCAAUGCGAUCAAAUGCUGUUGUUAUCAUAUGCUUAACGAAUUCUGGUCGAACUGCCAAAAUUUUAUCUCAUGCAAAACCAGCUUGUCCAAUAAUAGCAGUGACACGGGCAUGUCACACAGCAAGACAACUUCGUUUCUGGCGUGGAGUGAGAGCAAUACAUUAUUUUGAAGUAGCUAAAGGAAAUUGGACUUCAGAAACUGAUUCCAGAGUUCACACUGCGCUAGAUUAUUGUAAAGCUAAGCGCAUAUUACGAGCAGGUGAUGCAUAUGUAAUUGUGACAGGUUCACGGCGAGGAGUCGGCUAUUGUGAUUCGGUUCGCCUUUUGUAUGCUAGUGCCAGAGAUACAGUGACUGUUGAAUAG